GUUCAAUUUAGUAGCAAAAAACAAAAAAUAGGAAAGAAUUAAACCAACGUUGAAAGACUUCAAUCAGUUCAACAAACACUCAGUUGAGUAGUCGUCUACUAGGUUAGGUACAUACUUGCCUACCAGCCGAGUCGGUUUUUCGAUAUCGACAUAGACUUUUAGCCCACACACCACAGCACAGCGCAUUCCGAGCGCCAGGGAACCAAACCAAACGAUUAGAGAAGGGGGCGAAGGAGGCAAAAAAAAACCCCCUGGGGGAAAAUAUUUUAUAAAAUAAAAGCCAACGAAAAAUGUCAUCCUUCUUCCGCGUAACCCUCCACCGCUCCGCCAUCGGCCUCCCCGAGCGCACCAAAGGUGUCCUGGCGGCCCUCGGCCUGCGCAAGCGCUCCCAGACCGUGUUUCACCUCGUGUCUCCGCAGUCGGCGGGUAUGAUACUCAAGGUGAAGGAGCUGGUCAAGGUGUCGGAGGUCGACCGCGCGUUGUCGAAUAAGGAGCUCAGGGACGAGAGGAGGCCGGAGAAGGGGUUUUGGGUCGAGAAGGCUGUGCCUAGGUGAGGGUGGUGAGGUGGAUGGAUGGAUGGGCGUGAGUCUGGUAUGGUGAGUGGACUGGGUUGAUGGGCAUACUGCUUGCUUGCUUGCUUGCUUGCUUUACGAGAGUCCCGGAAUACGGUAUACAUACCCGCUUACCUACCUAGGCAGGUAGGUAUAUAGCGAGUGGUGCAGUCUGUACAGCCUCGCAUUGUAUAUACCACUUGCUCGUACAACACGAUCAAGAGCAACUCCCCCAAAAAUAAAAGAACAUACAAGUAACAGCAGGUCGGAAUACCUACAUAUGUAGUGGUAUGGAGAAUGGCAUAUACGGCGAGCACGAAUGGUCGUCGAGUGAUGCGCAAUGGAAGACAGUAUAUGAAACCUUG